AUGGUCAGAGAAGUUGAACCGCCGACAGUCCAGCAGGAUUUUCUCCUUGCCGCUUUAGCCGAAGGGAAAAGGCUCGACGGCAGGCUACCCCUCGAAAUGAGAAAGGUGCAAUAUGUCUUUGGAGAGGAAUUAGGUUGUGUGGAAUGUAGGAUGGGAAAGACGGCGGUCCUGGCCCAAGUAUCGGCGUCAAUUGUCAAACCUCGCGAAGAUCGGCCGUAUGAGGGUUUCCUCCUCAUCAACUCUGAGAUUGGGCCUAUGGCGAGCAGUGUUUAUGAGCUUGGACGGCCAAGUGACGACGAAGUGUUGAUAGGCAGAUUAUUGGAGAAGAGCAUCAGGCGUACUGAGGCUGUGGAUCGGGAGGCCCUGUGUAUCAUUGCUGGAGAGAAGGUCUGGCAACUCCGCUUGACACUACAUUUCUUGUCAGACUCGGGAAACCUCCUUGACUGCGCUGCUCUGGCGGGUAUGACAGCUCUGAGACAUUUCAAACGGCCGGAUGUGGAAGUAAUAGGAGAUGAGAUCAUAAUACAUUCGCCUGACGAACGCGCACCUGUUGGGUUGGCCAUCCAUCACACUCCUCUCUGUCUGACCUUUGCCUACUUUGAAAACCUUCCCCCCAUCCUAGACCCUUCCCACCUCGAAGAAGUUUUGUGUUCUGGCACCCUCACCCUUACUCUCAACGCGCAACGAGAGAUCUGUGUUCUGUCAAAGGCUGGAGGGACUCCACUUGCAGCAGAUGAGAUUAUGGGUGUUGUCAAGAUUGGCGUGGAGAAGGUGAGGGAGCUGGUGAGCAAUAUGGAGGAGGCCUUGGAGCUGGACAGGUCAACUAGGGUCACGGAAAUACAGUAA